UUAACUUAAUAUUAUACUUAGGUACAAUUGUGUAGGUUGCCAACUUAACUUUGUACAAUGGGUAAGAAAAAGCAAGUUGCGAAGGCCCGUAAAGAUAAAUAUUAUCAUUUAGCAAAAGAAACUGGGUAUCGUGCUCGCUCUGCGUUCAAACUUUUGCAGCUUAAUAAAAAGUUUAAUUUCUUACAAUCGUCGCAAGCAUGCGUGGACCUCUGUGCUGCCCCUGGUGGUUGGUUACAGGUAGCAUCGGAACAUAUGCCGAUGUCGAGUAUCAUUGUCGGAGUGGAUCUCGUCCCGAUUCGCCCCGUUCCCAAGUGUGUUACUUUCCAAGAUGACAUCACUAAAGAAAGUUGCAGGACACAGCUUAGACGGGAACUCCAUAAGUGGAAGGUAGAUUGCUUCCUUCAUGAUGGAGCGCCUAAUGUUGGUAAGAAUUGGCUUCAUGAUGCUUACUCACAGUCAGUGCUGACUCUCGCUGCUCUCAAGCUGGCAUCUGAGUUUCUGUGCAAAGGAGGAUGGUUUAUUACAAAGGUAUUCAGGUCCAAGGAUUACCAAGCUCUAAUGUGGAUUUUCGGGCAACUUUUUAACAAAGUUCACGCCACAAAGCCCCAAGCUUCAAGAAAUGUGUCGGCCGAAAUAUUUGUUGUUUGCCAAGGGUUUAAAAGUCCGGAUAAAAUCGAUAAAAAGUUUUUUGACCCAAAAUCUGUGUUUCAAGAAGUUGAAGCUAAGACAAGACCCGUCAAUAUCCUUGAUUUUGAACCUAAAAAAAAGAAGAAGGCAAAGGGAUAUGGCGAUGAAGCCAAGGAUCUGCUGUACAUGAAGAAAACUGUUUCGGAGUUUCUUGGUUGCUCCCAACCAAUGCAAAUGUUAAGCGAGAUCAGCGAGAUUGUUUUUGAGGAUGACGAUCAAAAAGUUCAUCCUCUCGUGACUGAUGAAAUAAAGGAGCAUGUCAAAGAUAUCAAACGUCUUGGUAAAAAAGAGAUCAAAACGCUUUUAAAAUGGCAUAAAAAGUGGCAAAAGUUAAAUGCUCCACAGGUUGAAGAAGUGGAAGAGAAUGAAGAAGAAGAAGUUGAUAGCGAGGAAGAGAUGGAGAGAAAGAUCCAAGAGAUACAAGAGAAUGAAACAAGAGAACUCAAGAAAAAGAAAAAGGUUGUGACAAAAGAGCGACAAAAGUUACGCGAACGAAUGAGCAACAUGGUUACUUCCACCAACAGCCAGGAGGAUAUGGAGCUGUUCGCUCUUUCGAAGAUUAAUUCUGCGCGGAAGAUGGGAACGGUAAUGGAGAAUGUGGAGGAGUUCGAGUUGGAAGAGGGAUCGGAUGAAGAGGGGAGUGGGAGCAGUGAGGAAGAGGAAGAGGAGGAGGAGGAUGAGGGUGAUAAUGAGGGGAAUCCACUCAUUCAUUCAUUGGAAGAUAAAGUUGAAGAUGAUUAUCAAACAAAGCUUUGGUUUGGAAAGGAGGAGUUCGAGAACAUCGCCGAUGAUUUGGAUGAGUUGGAAGAAAUUGAAUCCGCGAGGAAGAUUUACGAAAAUCGUGUUGAGAAGAAGAAGAAAGAGGUAGAAGAGAAAACUGAAGUGCAGAAGAAGAUUGAGGCGUAUAACAGCGAUUCAUCCGAUAGCGAUAGCGACUAUGAUGUAGAAGAAACGCUUAAUGAAGCUAAACCUGUUACAACAACUAAAGGUAAGAAGCAAAAAACUCAAAAGUUGGAUGCAGAAGCUCUGGCAUUGGGAACAGUGAUCGCAACUUCUAAUAAACGCAAGCGAGAUGUGAUUGAUGAUUCGUUUAACCGGUAUACCUUUAACGACGAGGAAUGUGCUCUGCCCGAUUGGUUCUUGGAGGAUGAGAAAAAGAGGGUUGUUAAAAAUCAUUUGCGACACCAUGUGUCCAAAGAUAUGAUGGAUUUCUAUGGUUCCAAGGACAAAGGAAUCAAUGUUAGGACGAUUAAAAAAGUUGUUGAAGCGAAGGCGAGAAAGAAGAGAAAGGCAACCAAGAAAAUGGAGAAAGCACGAAAACAAGCGGAGGGGAUUUCAGAUACAGCUGAUAUGUCAACUAAAGAAAAGGCUGCGCAUAUAAAGAACAUUUAUAAAAAAGCAGGUUUGCUAAAAAAGAAAAAAGAGAACACCACGUAUGUAUUCGCGAAGCGGGGCACUGGAAAACGAGUUAGACGACCACCGGGUGUCAGUGGUAAGUUCAAAGUUGUCGAUAAACGAAUGAAAAAAGACCUCCGACCUCAAGGGAAGAAUUCGAAACAAUCUAAAGGCAAAAGUGGUGCGGGUGGUGGGAAGAAAAGGAAAUAAGUUUUGGUGUCUUGUAUCUCCUAAUAUGUUGAAAUUUUAAAAUAAUUUCUAUGUUAAAUUUUCAAAGAACAAGUUAAAUUUAACUGGAUAAGAGAAACAUGGUCGAACUGCAGUUGUGUGGGCUCUUUCAUUAUUUAAUGCUGCGUUUUUGUAUCUGAAUCAUGAUUCAUGACGUUAUUUAAUUUUUGAUAUUCGCCUGCUGGUCAAAAGGAAUUGGUUAGUCUGCAUUUCCCAAUUAGUUUACCUUGCUUUUCUAUUUGGAAUUAACUAUAUUUGGGAUUUACUAUAUUUAUAUUGUUAAAAUGUGCCUCAAGCCUUAUGGGCUGGAUCAAAAUAAAUGGGGCUUUGGUUAAAUUUGUUUGAAAUUUUUACAGCAUUUUUGCAAGCUAGCUACCAUUAUUUUAAGUUUAUAAUCACAUGUUUUUGAACUGCUGUGCCAACAACUGUUUUUGUUCCCUUCGAUUAAAUUGUAGCAUUGGCCAAAUUUAUUUGUUCUUGCAUUUUUUACAGAGGUGAAAUUCUUUAUAACUUCAGCAACAAACUCACUACUGCUUUAUAUUAUUUUAAUCAAUAAUUGUUUUGGAAACUUUUUAAAAAAUAUCUGUUUGUGGGUGCUUGAUUCUGCUUAAAUCUUAGUUAAAAAGGAUAACAAUGUUUUUUUUUAUCAUAG